AUGAAAUCGAUCAUUGUUCUUUUGUGCAUUGGUUUGACGUUCGCUGUUAAGGCUCGUUACGACAAUUACCACGUUUUUCGAGUUAUUCCCGAAGACUUGACUCAACUCAAUGUUUUGCGAGAGCUCGAAAACCAAAAUAGCGGCUACAUAUUUUGGGAAACGCCCAACUUUAUUGGUCGUUUCGCUGAUUUUGUCGUGCCUCCUCACAAAUUGGCAGAAAUUGAUAUAAUUUUAGCUAAAUUUGGUAUGGAAUACACAACAUUGACAACUAACUUACAGGAGUGGAUCGACAAUGAAGGUAUUGCUCCUCGUAAACGUGCCGCUUUCGAUUGGAAUGAAUAUCACAAUUUACCUACAAUGUACAAAUGGAUGGAUGACAUUGCAGCGCAAUAUCCGAAUAUCGUGACGAAAUUCAAUGUUGGCAAAACGUACGAAGGACGAGACAUCUUAGGAUUGAAGAUUUCGUAUAAAGAUGGAAAUGAAGGAAUUUUUGUGAAGGGUAAUAUUCAUGCACGUGAAUGGAUUACAAGCGCCACUGCUACUUGGAUUUUGAAUGAACUUCUUACCUCAACUGAUCCCAACGUUCGUGAUAUUGCUGAAAAUAUCGAUUGGUAUAUUGUUCCAGUUGUAAAUCCGGAUGGUUUUCAAUACAGUCACACGUCAGAUCGCAUGUGGCGUAAAAAUCGUAAACCUUCGAGUAGUUUUUGCCAUGGGGCUGACAUAAAUCGCAAUUUUGGCUUCAAAUGGAUGGCCAUGGGAGCUUCGGGUAAUCCUUGUCAUGAAGCCUACGCUGGAUCUUCAGAAUUCUCUGAGCCAGAAACUGUAGCAUUAGCUGCUUUCUACUCUUCGAUUGCUGAGAAUAUUACUGCUUAUAUCGAUUUUCAUUCGUUUGGUCAAUUUUUGAUGUAUCCUUAUGGAACAUCUGGAGCUGGAGAUAUUUCAAAUAGAAAGGAACACAUUAAGGUUGGUAAGGCAAUGCAAAAUAAAAUUGCUGAACGUUAUGGAACAAAAUACGUAUUUGGAAACUUGGCGGAAACACUCUACGAAGCAUCAGGUUGUGCCAUUGAUUGGGUAAAGGGAGUUUAUGAUACACCUUUUGUCUUUGUCAUUGAAAUGAGAGAUACAGGAACUUAUGGUUUUAUGUUGCCUGCUGACCAAAUCGUACCCAAUGCUGAAGAAAUUUUGGAUUCAUUGGUGACAAUGGUUCAAGAAGCCCGCAAACUUGGAUAUUUUGAUCAAAAUAAUAACUAA